ACGCAACGAACAAGCACAACUCCGAGAGGAGAGAGGUGCGAUCUCCGGCCGGUUCCUAAUAACAUCCUAAUUACCAGACAUGUCGACGACGCCUCGAGGCCGGUCGUCGUCCCGCCGCCGCACGGGGUGUUGCAAGUGCGCUGGCGGCGGCGGCGGGGGCAAGCCCUCCACGCCGUGCUGCUUCAACCCGCUGAGGUCCCUAUUCCGGUGCCCCGGCCGGGGCCGUGGACGCAGCCGCAGCCGCAGCCACAGUCACAGCCGGAACCGGACGGCGCCGUCCAGGGUAUCGGCGGACAUCGGCACCGAGCAGCAAGGCCAGGAGCCGUCAUUCUUCGUCUAUUCCAUGGGCAGCGCCGCGGAGAACAAGAAGAAGAAGCACAGGAAGGCGCGGCUCCCAUCCAUCCGCUCCUGCUUCCGCAGCAAGAAGAAGGAGCGGAAGGCCAGCGCCCGCCGCCAACCCCUCACGCCGGCGCCGUCGAUGGUGACGCACCCGCCGCGCUCCCCGCCUGCGCCGGAGAACACGCCCGCCGUGGCAUCCGGCGUGACGUCGACACAACCGCCUUCGCCUGCGUUUACCGAGACCGGCAACGUUAAUUCGCCGGCGACGUCCGACCGGAGAACUGCGCCGACGGGCCCGGGCAAGCAGCCGUCGACGGACUCGGCGUGGGCACCGUUCCCGCCGCAGAGGCAGCAGCCGAAGCAGCAGGUCGACGGGCUGCAGAUCGUCGAGGUGGCGACGGGCGAGCGGCUGUCCGCGCACGAAGCUGCGCUCAUCGAGAUGGUUGAGAGCUCGACCGACGACUCCGCGGAGUCGUCGAUGAAGUCGUCGCUGGAGUUCAUCAACGAACCGUCGCCUCAGACACCGGUGAAACGGGUGGUGGCGGAUAGGGAGAUGGCGGUGGUGAAGGCCGCGGCCAGGGAGGCACCAAGGCUAUGGCUUAACGGCAAUGCCGCCAAGGCCGGGGCAGGCGCGCGGUUCUCCGAGCCUCUUGUGGUGGCGGAGGCCAAUGAGCUGUGGGCGCACGACAUCGCUUGCAGCCGCGCCCACGCUGCCAUGCUCGCUGACACGGUAAGUUUUUUCACCUGCUCUUUUUCCUUCGAUUCGAGGGAUUUCACCUGCUCUUAG